UGGCCUUCAUUAACCUAAUCUCAGUACGUUCAGCUGCACAAGUCUUGUGAAAUUGUGGAGACAAAACGAGUUGUUAGAGAUGUUGCUAGACAUGUAAUUGGUAAAUGGUUUACGAUUCAGCCAUGCAUGGUCACCAGCCGCAGGAGAAGGACAACUUUCAAGAUGGCAGCUAAGACGACGAAUCUGCUGAUGAAACUACGCAGCCUGAUGAAGAAUCACAGCUACGUCUCUGAGCCUCUACACGCUUAUAUAAUACCUACUGGCGAUGCACAUCAGAGUGAAUAUGUUGCACCUUGUGAUUGUCGGAGAGAAUUCAUUACUGGCUUCACAGGUUCGGCAGGUACUGCUAUCGUGACAGAAAAGGCAGCGGCAUUGUGGACAGAUGGACGAUAUUAUCUGCAGGCAGAGAAACAGAUGGAUGAAAACUGGAAACUUAUGAAAGACGGGUUACCUGAUACUCCUUCCCAAGGGGACUGGCUGAUUAAGGUAUUACCUGAGGGAGGAAGAGUUGGCGUGGACCCCUUUCUACUCUCAACAGAAACCUGGAAGCCAUUGUCGAAGCAGCUGCGGUUAGCUGGCCACAGCUUAGUUCCUGUGGGUCAGAACCUGGUGGAUUUGGUGUGGAUAGACCGUCCUCCUCCCCCCAACAACAACCUCAUUGUCUUGUCUGAUAAAUAUACAGGUAAAUCAUGGCAGAACAAAGUGAAAGCUGUCCGAGACAAAAUGAAGGAGAAGAAAGCUGAGUACCUGAUAGUGACGGCACUGGAUGAGAUUGCGUGGCUCUUCAACCUGAGAGGCUCAGACAUUGAGUACAAUCCGGUAUUCUUCUCCUAUGCAGUGGUCACAAUGACAUCAGUGAAUUUGUUUAUAGAUGAAGUGAAGCUUGACAAGCAAGUGAUGAAUCACCUCCAGCUGAAUGGAUCAAGGGGGACAACUGGGGAUGACAUCACAAUCACUGUACAUCCUUAUGGAGACAUCAGAAAGUUUGUAGAGAGCUUUCAGGAUGAAGGCAAUGGGAAAACCUGGAUAAGCACAAAGUCCAGUUUUACAUUAGCUGACCUUAUUCCUAAGGAGAAGAGAGUGACCUUGCCAUGUCCCAUAUCCCUGAUGAAGGCAGUCAAGAACAGAGUGGAAAUAGAUGGAAUGAAACAGGCUCAUAUCAAAGAUGCAGUGACACUGUGUGAAUACUUCUCAUGGCUGGAGAAAAUGGUACCAAAAGGUAAUGUCACAGAAGUUUCUGCCGCUAACAAACUGGAGGCUAUCAAGCGGGGUCAGGAAGAUUUUGUCAGUCUAAGUUUCUCUACCAUAUCCAGUGUGGGUUCAAAUGGUGCUGUCAUCCACUACAAACCCACUGAAGAGACUGACAGAACAUUAAGUACAGAGGAGAUCUACCUGUGUGAUUCAGGGGCUCAGUACAAAGAUGGUACAACUGAUGUCACAAGGACCAUGCACUUUGGCACACCAUCUGGCUUUGAAAAGGAAGCUUUUACUCGAGUUGCAAAAGGCCACAUUAACCUGUGUUCAGCAAUAUUCCCAUGUGGUGUAAAAGGUCACAUGCUGGAUACCUUGGCUCGCACAGCCCUGUGGGAUGUGGGUCUGGACUACAUGCAUGGUACAGGGCAUGGGGUCGGAGCCUUCCUUAAUGUCCAUGAAGGUCCGUGUGGGAUCUCUCCUCGUGUGAGCCUGGCUGAUGUCUCCCUCCAGGAAGGCAUGAUUCUCUCUGACGAACCUGGCUAUUACGAGGAUGGUCAGUUUGGUGUAAGGAUAGAAAACUUGAUGUUGGUGGUCAAAGCAAAAACAGAGCAUAAUUUCAAGAACAAAGGCUUUCUGACCUUUGAACCCAUUACAUUGGUGCCCUUACAGACCAAGAUGUUAGCCCCUUCAUUGCUGACAGAAAAAGAGAUCAACUGGCUCAACGAAUACCAUGAUAAAUGCAGAGAUAUGAUUGGUCCUGUCCUAUUGGAACAAGGGAAGAAGGAGGCUUAUGAUUGGCUGAUGAGAGAGACAGAGCCAUUGGCUUGAACCAAGGAAAUUAAGUACAAACUCUCUGUCGUAAAGCAAUGUAUUAAUUAAACACAAGACUGAAGUUUUAAAGUUAUUAUAAACAGAGAAAAUAAGUGGUUUACAAUUAUGUUACCUACAGUAUGAUUAACUCAUUUUUAUGAAAAGUUUAUGACUUAUGACUUUCCCUAUGACUCCGUGAACCCUCAGUUAUGAUAUGGUGUGAGGUUCAUUUUCUCUUACAUGUACAUUAUGAUACUUUUUAAUUAGCAUUUAUUGGCAGAUGUUGCCAGUACUAAUUUCUUGUUUCUUAAAGCCAAUGAUUGAAGGAAAAGGCUUUCAAGUUGAAUUCAUAUUAGAAAUCUGAAAUUGACAUUGUGAAAAAAUUUAAUGUCAGAUAAACACAUUUUAAUAUGGAAAAACUGCACAAGAAAGUCAGUGCACAUUUUAGAAACUGCCUCAGACUGUGUAUUAUAAAUUUUUUAUCCCUCAAACUGUGGUCAGGUAAUUUUGAUAUUUUUAUUUUCAAGAAGAUUUAAUGCACCUGUAUUAUUAUUAAAGUGUCAAGUCCAAAUGUAUUCCCUGCACAUUAAGUGAAUAGAAGGAAACCUAUGAUAAUGCAAUACUGCAGCAGCACUGCCCAUUUCCCCCCGACCACAAAGUGCACUGCCAUCAUAAAACAAGUUCUUCAGUCUAAAAUUCCAAUCUGCUUGGAAAUACAUAAUGUAGUCCUUGCUUCACAAAAUAAUUCAUGUUGCAUGUUGUGGUAGGGAAUGGUGUCCUUAUGCCAGAGGCCUGCCGUUAUGGAAUGACCAAGUUUGGAUAUUUAAUGUGUCUUAGGAAUUAUGGGAACUUUCAGGUUUUCAGUAGUAGCAAGCCCAUUUUUAGGGUUUUCCAUAUACCUCACGAUGUCACAUACGACCUGGAGCAGUCACCAACUUUAUAUACUAUAUUUGUAUGCUGUAUCUAGAAAGUUGUAUGUAGCUUAUUGAAAUUCAAGAUUUUUGGAAUGUAAUUUUCACUGCAACAAGCUACUUUGUGAAUCACUGUUUCUCUGAUGGUCAGUUGGUCUGUAAAAUUGUUGACAUCCUGUUUUAACAUGGGCCAUUCUCUUAACAUUGACUUUUUGUCUGAUGAUAUUGUGAUUUUGUGCUUAUUUUGCUUUUGUUCUGAACACUUCUUGGGAACAAAGGAGGUUCUUUUUUGACACAGUGUUCUUUUCUGUGAUGUGUAUGUUUUCUCAUGUGAUUUUUGCCAGCAACACCCUGUACUGUCACAAAAGAGAAGGAUGACUGUUUUUGUACAGUUUUGGUAUGAAACAUUCCUGGUUUAAGAAAUAUUAAAUCAGUCUCAUCCAUCUCCAGUGAUAUUGUUUCUACACGUCUUUGCUCAAACAAAUGUUCAUCAGGCUGAUUAAUUUCAUGAAAAUGUCAUGAAAUCCAUGUAUUCAUCUGUUACAGAAGUCAGUCUUUUGGUGUUUCAAGUAGAUUAUGUCAGAGACAAGAUUUUCUGUUGAUCACCUCAUCAAAUUCAGGAAGGCAAAAUUAUGUUUGUUUUAGAACAAUAUUUUCAUGUUAUCAGAUAGAAUCAGACCUUACACUACUGGUUCCACUUAAGCCCCUGCGGAUGGUCGUGGGUUACCCCCAGGCUCUACCUGGUUUCCUCCCACCAUAAUGCCGGCCGCCAUCGUAUAAGUGAAAUAUUUUUUGAGUACAGCGUAAAACACCAAUCAUAUAGAUAAAUAAAGGAAAUCCUGUUAUUCUCUUACCUGAUAUAUGUCCAGAUGUUCCCUAAAACUUUUACAGCCGUUUAUGUCUGUAAGGUUAUAAUUUUAUUUUAUUUUCUGAGACAUGCAUAAAAAUUUACAUAAAUGUACAUGAAUAUGCCAUUGUAUAUGUCACAUGGGAAAUGUGUAAAACAUAGUUUAUGUGUAACACUGUAGCACAUAUUUGUACACAAGUGUAUCAGACAUUUCAGUGCUCAGAAAAAAGUUUAUAAAACAUGUGAUGUUUACAUCAGCAAGCAUGAUCUGAUUACAACAUGUACCAGUAUAUGUAACUGAUGAAGUUUGUUCACACGUCGGCCCACUGAGUUUACCAUGUAUUCAAAUCCAGUAAGCCUGCCAUAAGUCAACUAUGAUAUCCUGUAUUUUGUCAACAACUAAUCCCUCUGUUGUCCAAACUAUAGUGAAGAUGGGCAAUUAGGUGAAAACGUCCAUGAAGUCAUAGGUGAUUUAGUACUGUACUUGAUUAUUGUUAGCUAUCAACUAUCAUUAGUGCUCAUUAAGUCUGAAAGUUUAUCAGGUACUUGGUCAGUACAUGUAGUGGAAGCAUUUCUAGGUAGGCCUACUUUUAGUGUGCAGUCAUCAACUUUUCCUACAGGAACUUGUGAUCAAAUUGAAAUCUGUCUGCCUCAACAGUAAAGUUUCAUAUUAAGCUAAUGUUUGAUGAAAAGAUGUGCAUAAAAUAUUGAACAGUGGCAGAUUAAUAUCUGUGGCCUUUGUCUUGACAUUCUAGGACCACUCAGUGAGCCAUUCAUGGUGUCCAGAGAGGUUGGGUUUGUUAAACACACAAGGCACUAGUUCAAUCCCAGCCUUGGACACAUGGUUUUCAAGAUUCAAAAUAGGACAAUUCAUGUGGUCUUACAAAGUUUGUAGGACAUAACUUGCUUUUCACCGAUGUCGAGUACACACUGAUCAUUGAGGGAGAUAAUCGGCAAUCUGGGUACGCCCCUGUAGCAUUGUGCAA